CGGCGAGUGUAUGUCUCUUUCUCUUUCUUUUUCUUUCUCAUCAGUAAAACAGACGACGAAAUUAUUUUCCGAAAAAAUUAUUACUCUCUUGUUCAAUUAUUCUCUUUUUUGUUCCAUUCCUUUGUUUGUGGAUUAAUUUUGUUCCGAUCUUGUCUUUCAGAGUCGAAUCAGUCGAGUCAUCUCCAUUUGUCUCUAACUUCAGAUUACAGAGUUGUCUUUUAGUCUCUUUUUUUUUUGGGAGCUGUUGAAGAUUAUUUGGUAGAAUAAGGGCUCUCUCGCUAAUCUGUUCGAGAUCGGAUUGUGAUGAAUAAUAAUAAUAAUAGAGGAAGAUUUCCUCCGGGGAUUGGAGCGGCGGGUCCUGGUCCGGAUCCUAAUUUUCAGUCACGGAAUCCGAAUCCGAAUCCGCAGCAACCUCAGCCUCACCAGUACCUUCAGUCUCGGACUCCCUUUCCGCAGCAACCUCAACCACAGUAUCUUCAGUCUCAACCUAAUGCUCAGCAGUACGUUCAACGGUCUUACCCACAGACCAACCCUCAGCAAAUUCAACAGCAACAACAACAAUGGUCUGGACGCCCUCAGCUUCCUACUGAUCCGAGUUACGUAGAUGAAGUCGAGAAGACGGUUCAAUCGGAAGCUAACAACGAUUCCAACACUGAAGACUGGAAGGCUACCUUAAAGCUACCACCACGAGAUGAUCGUUACCAGACAGAGGAUGUGACUGCCACUAAAGGAAAUGAAUUUGAAGAUUACUUUUUGAAGAGAGAUCUACUUAGAGGAAUAUACGAAAAAGGUUUCGAAAAGCCUUCACCUAUUCAGGAAGAAAGCAUCCCUAUUGCAUUGACUGGUAGUGAUAUUCUUGCUAGAGCCAAAAAUGGGACUGGCAAAACUGGUGCCUUUUGCAUUCCGACCCUUGAGAAAAUUGAUCCAGAGAACAAUGUCAUUCAAGCUGUAAUUCUAGUUCCAACCCGAGAGCUGGCCCUUCAGACAUCACAGGUUUGCAAGGAGCUUUCCAAAUAUUUAAAUAUUGAGGUUAUGGUCACCACUGGCGGUACCAGUCUGAGGGAUGAUAUCAUGCGAUUAUAUCAACCUGUACACUUGCUGGUUGGAACUCCUGGAAGAAUAUUAGAUCUUGCCAAAAAGGGUGUGUGUGUUUUGAAAGAUUGUUCGAUGCUUGUAAUGGAUGAGGCCGACAAGCUUUUGUCUGUAGAAUUUCAACCUUCCAUAGAGGAGUUGAUACAGUUCUUGCCAGAAAACCGUCAGAUUUUAAUGUUUUCAGCUACAUUUCCCGUCACCGUUAAGUCUUUCAAGGAUCGAUAUCUCAGGAAGCCUUACAUUAUUAAUCUCAUGGAUCAGCUCACGCUUAUGGGUGUUACCCAAUAUUAUGCUUUUGUUGAAGAGAGACAGAAGGUGCACUGUCUGAACACGCUAUUCUCUAAGCUCCAAAUAAACCAAUCCAUUAUUUUUUGCAACUCUGUUAAUCGUGUGGAGCUGUUAGCCAAGAAAAUCACAGAACUCGGUUACUCAUGUUUCUAUAUCCAUGCAAAGAUGGUUCAAGAUCAUCGGAACAGGGUUUUCCAUGAUUUCCGAAAUGGUGCUUGCAGAAACCUUGUUUGCACUGAUUUAUUUACACGUGGGAUUGACAUUCAAGCUGUGAAUGUUGUCAUAAAUUUUGAUUUUCCUAGGACUUCUGAGUCGUAUCUACACAGGGUAGGCAGAUCGGGGAGAUAUGGACACCUUGGGUUGGCUGUGAAUUUGGUAACUUAUGAGGACCGCUUCAAAAUGUAUCAGACUGAGCAAGAACUUGGAACCGAAAUCAAGCCAAUACCUUCACUUAUCGACAAGGCAAUCUACUGUCAGUGACUUCUACCUGGUGCACAUUCUCCAUCCGGCAAGGCAUUGAUGGAUUAACCGGUGUAUUGAGGAGGCAAAUCAUUCAGCUUUGGCAGCCACAAGCUCGUUCCAGAUAUGAAGGCAACACAGAGUACUGUACCGACGCAAGAAGAGACAGUAUAGGUGGUUGAUGGCGAUGGAAGCGGUUGGUAGUAUCUAAACCUUCAAAGCAGUACUGGCUUUGUUUGGUUUGGUUUGAAGACUUCUUCUGCUGCAUGAUAUGAACCUUUAGUUGCAUUUUCUCAACUCUCAUUUUCAUUUUCAAAGAACCUUUUACCUUUGGGUUUGAGUGUUUUAUGACUUGUCUUGAUUUCUUUUGUUUUAAGACUUGAAGACUUGGGAAGGAAUUUCAGAGUAGUAAGAUCAAACCGAAGAAGACAUUUUUUACUUCAUUCUCUUGCUUAUUGCUCUUAGA